AUGCGUGCUUCUCUUAUCCUGGGCCUUGCUCUCACAGUAUUCUUCUUUGAUGCUGCUCAUGGGCAAAACAAAGCUACAUUCAAUACUAAGCUCAACAAAAUAUGCACAGCUUUCUUAGCAGUUUCUGAUAUGGGAAAGGUUUCCGACAAAAUCUUUAAAGACGUUUAUGAUGAAAAACCAAUGAAGAACAUCUCAGCAAACUCAAUGGGAUACUUAACCAGUGCUUGUCCAAUCACAAAGUAUGGAACCUUGAUGAGUUUGAUGAGCAAGAAUGAUAACUGUUUGAAAGCUGCUGGUGUUAAGGAACGCACAUUAGAUGUUGUUGGACAGCUUGGUGAAAUCCUUUCUGAAAUGUUGAAGAAACCAUACAAUCAGCUCAAAACUAAAGCUGUCGCCUGUAAGAAAAACAAGGCUGCUGAAGAUAAAUGUAUAAAUGAAAUGUACAAAAUCGGAACUUCAUGUGCAACCAAAGAUCUCAUUCAGAAGAUUGUCACCAAAUGUGCCAAUACGAUGAAAUGUCCAAUCUGGGGUUGUGCUAUUGAGAACGUGACAGCCUUAAUCAAGUUGAAUGAAUACAAUACAACCAGAACAAAGAAAUGCUAA